AUAACAUCCAUCUCUCAUCAUCCUGAUGCUAGUUGGCUGGCACCCUUCAUCACUUUGUCGUCGAAAUCCAUCUGCUUGAGCCGUUAAUCAUGUCGGAAAAAGCGCCCCUCGUCCCGCGUACCUAUGCCCCAGCGAGGGCGGAGAGAAGCACGCGUGCACCACGCUGCUCCUCUGGCAGAGCGGCGCUGAGGAUGUUCGGACUCGCUGCCCUUACGGGGCUUGUUUACUACGGUGUUCCAGAAGUUCAAAAGCACGUGCAUAAGUCCAAGAUGUGUCUCACACCCGCCUGUGUGCACGCAGCCUCGGAGAUUCUGUACAAUCUAUCCCCCAACUACAAAGAGCUCGACCCAUGCAACAACUUCGAGGAACUUGUGUGUGGCGGAUGGAGAGAUAGGCACGACCUUCGUUCCGACCAAGGCGAUGCAUUCACGGGGACAAUCAUGAACGAGAACUCCGAGCUGUUGCUACGUCACAUCCUCGAAGCUCCCUUCCCGACCGAAUCUGAACACUCGUACUUUUCCCCAAAGCAGCUGGGUGCCUCGAAGGCAUCCGACGACGAGCAAAACUUCAACAAGAUGAAGGCUGCGUACAAUGCCUGUCUUGAUGAAGACAAGAUCAAGAGCAUCGGUGCUAAGCCGUUGUUGGUAGUCCUGGAAGAAAUCAAAGCCGCAUACCCCGUUGAGAGCCUUGGGAAAGCAGACUCAGGCUCGACCAAGGAAGCGGUUCUUCUCCUUGCGAAAUACGGUGUUUCUGCGCUCGUUGCCACAGGUACUGGCGCAGAUGACAGAGAUCCCGAUACGGUUGUCGUGUCUGUUGCGCCGCCAUCGAGCUUUGGUCUUCCUUCCAAGGAGCGUUACGAAGACGUAAAGCUCGUGGAAAAAUACCGCGGAGUAGCCGUUGAGGUUCUGUCUGCUUUGUAUCCUGAUCAUGACAAAGACUCGUUUGCAAAGGUCAUCGAUCUUGAGAGGAAGCUCGCCGCUGCGUCUCCCAGCACAGAAGAUAGCGAAGAUGUCACGAAAUAUUACAACCCGAUGUUGAUAGACGAGGCCGCUGCACUAACUCCGGAGAUCGAGCUUACAGCAUUGCUCCACGGUCUUGCACCUGAAAACUUUGAGACCAAGCGUGUCAUUGUCAUGGCGCCGGAGUAUAUGAAGGCGUUGUCUCUUAUCCUAGCUGAGACAGAGAAGGAUGUCUUGCAGAGUUACUUCAUCUGGAAGACUGUGCAAUCAUUUUCUUCAUACAUUGACGCCGACGCUGUAAAACCUUACAGACAAUUCGUUAACGUCCUUGCCGGAAAGGACCCUGACUCUGCCCCUGAGCGAUGGCGCAAAUGCGUCAGCCACGUCGACGAUGGCUUAGGCUGGAUUUUGAGUCGUUUCUUUGUCGAAAAGGCUUUCUCUGCUGAAGCUAAGGAGUUUGGCGACACCAUUAUCACUGACAUCAAGACUGAGUUCGCAAAGAAGCUGAAGUCGACGGAGUGGAUGGACAAGCAGACCACCAAGCAAGCUAUUGACAAAGUCCACAAUAUCAUUCAAAAGAUUGGGUACCCAACAAAGAGCCCAAACAUCAUGGAUCCUCCCAGUCUCAGCAAGUACUACGGCUCCGUCAACGUGUCAUCUGAUGCGUUCUUCUACAACGCGCUGUCAAUGCGCGGCUUUGCUGUCAACGACGAGUGGUCUGCUUUGGGCAAACCGGUGGAUCGCGACGCAUGGGGAAUGACCGUUCCCACCGUGAACGCUUAUUACAACCCACCCGGAAACGAGAUCGUUUUUCCCGCUGGCAUCAUGCAAUUCCCCGUUUUCGACGUCAAUGUCCCGGCAUAUAUGUCUUACGGUGCGUUUGGCUCUGUUGCUGGGCACGAGCUCAGCCAUGCCUUUGACUCCACCGGACGUCACUACGACCAGAACGGCAACUACACAGACUGGUGGUCCAACUCUACCGUGGACGCUUUCAAAGAACGAGCUCAAUGCUUUGUUGAUCAAUACGCCAACUUCAGCAUUCCAGGAUCAGACGAAAAGCCACUCCAUGUCAAUGGACGCCUCACCUUAGGUGAGAACAUCGCAGAUGCCGGUGGCUUAUCGGCCGCAUUCCAGGCAUGGAAGCGCCGCGCUCAUGAGCACCCCAACAAGGAUCUGCCCGGUCUGGAGCACUUCACACAGGAGCAGCUAUUCUUUGUUACCUACUCAAACUGGUGGUGUGGUAAGUCACGAAAAGAUACCGCUAUCAAUCGUAUCUACACCGAUCCUCAUGCGCCUAAAUGGGCACGCAUUCUUGGCACCAUGGCGAACAGUCGUGAAUUCAGGGAGAGUUUUGAAUGUAAAGCGAAGGAGCCGACUUGCCAAAUCUGGUGAUUGGUC